CAAUGUCAAUGCCACAUGAUUUUGUACACAUCUAUCGCUGACUGAGCGCGAGUAGACUAAAUAUAAGACAAUCCGGCAGUCACUCAGUUUCUGUUGGCAGAGAACAUUCGUAAGAGUAAAAACAAAUAAAAAUAAAAUUUUUUCGGUGUAAUAUUUAUUAAGGGUGUAAUUAUGUGUGGAAUUUGGGCACUUUUUGGUAUCGAUGUGCAUUCAAUUUCUAAAUAUGACAAGACGUUUUCAAAGAUUCAACAUAGAGGCCCAGACGCAUGGAGAUUGGAAUAUGAUUUAAAAGUGAAAAAUGUCUGUCUUGGAUUUCAUCGUCUGGCAAUUAUUGAUAGCCUUUACGGAAUGCAACCAAUGAAAUUGCACAAAUUUCCAUUUGUAUCAAUGAUUUGCAAUGGAGAAAUUUUCAAUUGGAAACAACUUGGAGAAAAACACGGUUUCAAUUAUGAAACGCAAUGUGAUGUAGAGAGUGUACUACAACUAUAUGGAAGUUUUGGUAUUGAAGAAACAUUGAAACAAUUAGAUGCCGAAUAUGCGUUUUGUUUGAUUGAUUCGCUAAAAAAAAAAGUAUUCGUUGCAAGAGAUCCAUAUGGAGUGAGGCCAUUAUUUUAUCUAUCAUCCAGCAAUGGUAUUUUGGGAAUAUCUUCUGAAGCAAAAGGUUUGACAUGUUUGAUUGAUGAACUUGGACUGACAGAAUGGGAAAUGAAGCCUUUCCCCCCAGGUCAUAUGGCUGAGUAUAACAUUUUGCCUGGCGGAAAACUGGAGUUAGUUUCAUUGAAUCGUUUUUUUAAAAUCGAGGAACCUAUUUUGCCACCAGUACCGUUGGAAGAAGGCUUGGCUAAAGAAAAUAUCCAUGCUAAUAUUCGUAAUUUAUUAACACAAGCUGUUGAAAAGAGAAUGAUGUCGAAUCGUCGUAUUGGUUGUUUAUUGUCUGGAGGGUUAGAUUCUAGUUUAAUAGCUGCUAUAUUGGUUAAGCUGUCAAAAGAAAAAGGUCUCCCGUACCCAAUUCAGACAUUUUCGGUUGGGAUGGCGGACAGUCCGGAUAUAUUGGCGGCAAGACAAGUGGCUAAACACAUAGGUUCGGAACACCACGAGGUGCUCUUUACCGCCGAAGAUGUGCUGAGCGUACUCGAUAAAGUGAUACACACAUUGGAAACUGCAGACAUCACGACAAUUAGAGCAUCGUGUGGAAUGUACCUGGUGUCACAAUACAUAAGCCAAAAUACGGAUACAGUGGUCCUGUGCAGUGGUGAAGGUGCUGAUGAGGUGGCACAAGGUUACAUUUACUUCAGGGACGCACCCACACCAGACCACGCGCACAACGAGAGUCUUAGGUUGCUGGGUGAUAUAUUCAUGUACGAUGGUUUGCGCGCCGACAGAACAACGGCCGCACACGGACUUGAGUUGAGGGUGCCUUUCCUAGACUUGCGUUUUACUCAGUAUUUCUUGAGCCUCCCCAAGACGAUGAGACAACCACAAAAUCAAAUCGAAAAACACCUCCUCCGCUCGGCGUUUGACGGAACAGGUCUUUUGCCAAACGAAGUAUUGUGGAGGCACAAAGAAGCGUUCAGCGAUGGAGUUACAACUGUCAAAAAAUCAUUGUUUAAUAUUAUCCAAGAAUGGAUCGAGCCAAAAUACUCGGACGAAGAUUUAAAAUUAGCAGCAACAAAAUAUCAACAUUGCCCUCCGAAUUCAAAAGAAUCGCUGUACUAUAGGGACAUGUUCGAAAAACAUUACGAAGGAUUAUCUUCUAAAUUCAUGCCUUACUUUUGGAUGCCCAUGUGGACUAAAGUUAAAGAUCCAUCUGCAAGAUUUAUUCAACAUUAUGCAGCUAAAUAAUGUGCAUUUUUAAAAUUUAAUCUUAAGUUUUAUUACAUUAUAUUGUAUUAUUUUAAACUUUAAUAUUCAAAACUUAAAUGUUUUUGUUUCGUAUUUAUAUUAAAUAUAUAAGUAUUUUUUAUUUGUAAAAUAUUUUUAUGUUGCAACUUAAAACUAUUAAACGGUGUUAAAUGUUUAA